AUGGAACCUUUUACACGGAAUAUGAGGGUGGCGCGGCGGCGGCUGGGGCUGUUGGAGAAGCACAAGGACUACGUGCUGCGCGCCAAGGACUUCCACCGCAAGGAGGACGCCAUCCGGACCCGCUGCCCCUUUCCCUCCACACCACACCCCCCCUCCUCCCCUCCUCCCCUCCUCCCCUCCCUCCUCCCCACCCCCACUCCCCCCAACCUCCCCUCCUCCACCACGCGUGCACGUGUCUCCGUCGCUGCCACGGCCAGAGCGGGGAUGGGCGCUGCUGGAGAGGUUGAUGUUCCUGGUGCCACACACGCCAUGUUCAUCCGUUCCCACCCAUGCCCUCCAUGCUCACGCAUGCCACAUGCCACUGUCUGCAUCAUCAUCACAUCAUCACCCCCCUCUCACAGUCUCACUCUUCUUCUCUGGUGUGCAUGGCGGCAUGGCAGGCGAGUGGAGAAGGAGGAGUGGACGGAGGAGGAGGUGCGGCUGAUGAACUCACAGGACAUGGGGUACAUUCGCACCAAGUGGCAAGCCGAGCAACAGAAAGUGGAGAGGCUAGAAGCAUCACUGCAUAGGGUGGAUGAGCCGCACAGGAAUAAGCACCUCGUCUUCGCACACAGUGACAACGACGCCACACCACCCUCCAAGCGCCAGCGCCGGUCCUUCUCACCGGAGCGUGAGGCCACUCCUCCGCCCGUCACGAAGCCCCUCAACUCACACCUGAAUCGGCACCGGGAGGCAUUGUAUGGGGAGCUGAAGGAGCGCAAGCAGAGGGCGCGGCGGCUGCAGGCCAUGCUGGAGGAGAUGCGCCUCAAGCAGCAACGCCUGGCUGAUGGUCAACAAAAGAAGGUGAAGAAUGGUGCAACAGGAGAUGAUGAUGACAAGCCAAAGCGAAAAAUGCCCUCGAAAACAAUCAAGGAGCGCAAAAGAUGA